UUCGCCCUGCUCAGGUUCGGCAGCGCCCAGCCGGAAGCCCUCGUCGCUCCCUGCCCGCGCCGCCGCCGCCCCGGCUCCGUUUCUCGGCCUUUGAGCCGCUCACGCUCCCCUGGACGCAGUCUUAGAGGACGCGCGCUAUUCUUACCGAUCUCCUCGCCUCUUUCACAGUUGAUUUCCUGCGGUCUGUUACUGAAUGGUGCGGAGAUGUGUGCGGAGUUGUAGCUGUGUUAGAGGAACUUUCCGGCGCUCCCUUAUUGGAAUGGAGAUUUCGUCCCACCAGUUUCAGCUCCUGGAGCAGCUGAAUGAACAACGGAAGCAGGACUUGUUCUGCGACUGCAGCAUCCUGGUGGAGGGGAAGGUGUUCAAAGCACACCGAAAUGUGCUGUUUGCCAGCAGCGGGUACUUCAAGAUGCUCCUCUCGCAGAGCUCCAAGGACACGAGCCAGCCCACUGUAGCCACCUUCGAGGUCUUCUCUCCAGAGACGUUUAUGGUUAUCCUGGACUUUGUGUACUCAGGAAUAUUGCCCCUAACGGGUCAAAACGUGAUAGAGGUCAUGUCGGCAGCCAGCUACCUGCAGAUGACAGACAUCCUUAAUGUCUGUAAGACGUUCAUUAAGUCGUCUCUGGAUAUUAAUGAGAAGGAGAAGGAUCACUACCUGGGCCUUUCAGCCAAAAGCACAAACGGUGAACCCGCUCACGCAUCGCUUUAUCGUUCAAGGAGGAAAGCAAAGAGCAACCCAAGGCGCUCCUAUUCCAUUCCAGAUGAAAAGGCAGAUGUGGCGAAUGAGAAUUCCUGGAGCAGUUACAGCACUUAUCUGUCCUCACAGGUGAUCCUUCAGCGGGCAGAAACGCAGCUCUCAAAGAGGGGCAGAAAGCAGGGCUCGGCCAGGAAGCGCCGGAAGCACUUGGGGCUGUCACAGACACGUGAGUUUGUGCAGUGCAGAGCAAGUAAAGCUGGGGCUGAGGGCUGUAACGCGUCAGAUUGCAGCCAUGGCUCUCGAGCUAAAGAGGAGGCUGAAUUUGAUGCCGAGAAUGACGUUGAUCGCGAUGAUGAUGGAUAUGACCAGGAAUCAGAAGUGACACCCAAGAGGUGGUCUGUGGCUCAGCUGGAAGAACUGGCACAAACUUCUGAGUUCAUGGAAUUAAAAGCAGAAGAACUGUACAGCUCAGUGCCCACAGUUUUAGGUGUUAUGAGUAGUUGGAAUGAAGAUGCCCUGCCUCGCCUGCGGUUCAAGUGCCCGUUCUGCACGCACACGGUGAAGCGCCGCGCUGACCUGAAGCGCCACCUGCGGUGCCACACCGGGGAGCGGCCGUACCCGUGUGAGGCGUGUGGGAAGAGGUUCACCCGGCUGGAGCACCUGCGGAACCACUUCCAAACGAUACAUCAAGCUGGCAAACUCAUCUGCAGGAAGUGCAAGCGCCAGGUGAGCGAGCAGACGGGCUGCGUUGUGCAGCAGGGAACGCGGCGCUACAGGCUGUGCCACAAAUGUCUGACAGGGACCAGCCCCGAGGGCAGCCCCGAAGGAGCGGGCGCAGAACGCUGCCCUGCCGGCUCUGGGGGGAGCAAACAUUCCAGGUGGGCUUUGGAGGAGGAUCAGAGGUCGGAUGGUGACGCAGGGGAGGAGGAGCCGUAUGAUUUGGUUGUCCGACGUGGUGCCGAUGGCACUGCAGGCGAGACGGAUGAGAAGGUGAAACCGAAUCUUAGGUAGAUAAUUUGUAUAUUCCUUAUUGCUGCAUUCCAGAUUAAAUUGCCCGUGUUCUACCAGCUAA